CAGAAACUAGGGGGGCCCGGUAUGGUGCUACGACGCAUCCUACUAGGGAUGUGCCUUAUACAGUUUGCUAUCACUGCGUACUUAGCACUGUGCAUCUACAAUUCGGCCUAUUCAAGUGUCAAAGGAGUGAAAAAUUUGCCGCAGUUGAAAGCUCAGCGCAACAAAGAUGGAACAGAUCGUAAACAACCUGCUAAGAAAAAUGGGGAGUUUGACAUUGGGGAGAACCAGGCAGCAAUUGUCAUGGCUCAGCAAGAUGUCAAGCCUCAUGUUGUUCGUGAUAUCGAGGUGAAGUGGAAUGAUGCCGCACAAGCAAAACUGCUUGCCUCUGUAGAUAUUCCUGUGGUAGAAGUGUGGGGGAAAGCUGCAAUAGGAUCCUACUUAUGGCAGCAUAUCCUGGAAGGUGAAGAAAGUUUAGAUGAAACAAUGCCUGGUGCUACUGUUGGGGAGUUGCGAAUGCCUGCAUUUGUACUCAGAUAUAGAUCAGGCCCUGGUGUCAUCCCGGAAACUGUACCACGUGAUGUAAAAUACCUCGUUCUGGUUGUAAAUGGUCGCACUCCAGAGAAGAUAAAGGAUGCAAAACAGUGGCUAAAUGAAUUGAAGAUGUGGGACAUGCCACCUGAAAUUUUGUUAGUUAUGCUGGGAAAUGAGAAGUGUGAUAAUGAAUGGGUGCUCAAUUAUGUGUCACCAAAGGGUCCGGUUGUAACUGUUCUGCUGACCUAUGAUGACCCAAGAGUAGAUCAGAAGAUUUUUUACCAGUGGCCUCUUGGUGUUGCAACAUACAGACAGUUUCCUGUCAUAGAAGAAGAGCAGGUAUCUCCAGAGGCUCCUAGAAAGUAUGUGUGUAACCUGAGGGUAACACUUCAUCCAAACUCCUCUAGAAUAGCCCUUCAUAAGUUCCUGAAAAAUGAUGGCUAUGCUUCCAACAACUGUUUCAUAUCAGUCAGAGAAAAAUGGUUGCCAAAUGAAACACCUGAAUCAAUGAAUGAGUAUGUUUGGUCUCUGCUGCAGUCGGAUCUCACACUUUCUCCGGCUGGGAUGAACACAGAAACCUAUAGAGUAUAUGAAGCAAUGUCAGCUGGAAGUACACCUGUAAUAGAAGAUGUAGCAACCCCAGGCCAUUGUGACACAUCCCCAUGGAGGUUGCUUAAGAAACAUGGUCCUCCAGCAAUCUUUGUCAAGUCAUGGGAACAGUUACCCAAAAUUCUCGCUAAAGAACGCAGAUUCAGCAAGCAGUACAAGGCUCUUCGUAGAUUACGUGUGUUCCAGUGGUAUGAAUGGUUCAAGCUUAAAAUGAGGGACAGGUUCAUCGCCAUUAUAUCAUCUAAUCUAAUACAUCACGGCUGAAGGAACAGUAAACUUUUGGUUCUUACCUUGGAUUCUCUCUCUCUACUUUUUAUUAAAUGGUAGAGAGGUUUUUACCUAGUCUGUAAAUGCUUUUAUGUGACUGUGAAGUCUUUUAAUGGUUUCUUGUGUCAAGAAACUAUAGUUAUGAAUUAUGUUAAAGAUAAUAGAAUGUGUUUGGGAAAGUUAAGAAUGCAGUUACUGCUGGUGCCAUACAGGUUUUGUUCAAAGUAAUUAUGCUAUAUCUCUUUUUUCCUUGUCACCUAUAUUUGGAAAGGACAUACACAGACAUAUGCACACACAGACAUUCAGACAUAGACAUACACACUUAGACAUAACAUGCAGACAUGAAACAUUUAUGAAAUGUAGACACAACAUACAGACAAUUGGCAGUUAUGACAUGCAGACAUGACAGAGACAAAACAGGAAGAUAUAACAAACAUACACAGACAAACAAAUUCACAUUCACACACACAGACGCUGUCACUCACCCAACUAGUCAUUCAUUCAUUCAUUCAUUCACUCACUCACUCACGCUGCAGUUCAUGUGUCCAGUACUUUCAGGUUGGUUAUUUUUUCAUACAGCAACUUGUAACAUGACCUACUAGUUGAUAAAAAAUAAGACAGUGACACAAAGCAACAAUUUUCAUACAUCCCAAAUUAAUGCAGCUGCUGGACACAUUUAACAAAGUCAGCUCAAAUAUCUACCUACCUUUGAAUGGUAGGAAGACUGUAAUGUGAAUUGUGGAUAUUGUGCUAUUUGCACCACCACGUUCACAGCUGAGUCAUAAAGGGCUUCUGUGUCCUUGAAACUUUUGAGGUAUUGAUUCACUUUGAGUUACGACUAAGAAAAUGGCAGGAUUUAUUUAAUGUUUUUGCUGUUUCAGCAUCUUUUUAUAGGUGAAGUAACCACUGACACAUUAACUAUCUGGGAUGUGAAAUGUUUCAAAUAUAUUCCUGUGUUGUAUACAUCUAAUGUCCCAAAAACUUUUAAGCAAUAACUGGUGUGUGAAAACCAUUCAUGUUUAAAAAUUUGCUAAUUAGCAACUCAGCUCAAAGGAGUAACAAGUUUUCUUAUCACAUAAAUAUGAAGUCAUUUAGUGGGAAACUCAGUUGUUAGGGUUGCAAUAAGUGAGCUACAUGUGUUUCUAGGACCAGUGAAAAGUGAUCUAGGAUGAGCAAGAGAAUUUAUGUAGCAGCUCAGGUAAUUGUUGUAGCUAAUGUAAAGAUUAAUAUUUACAUUGUCCAAAUAAGUUCAUUAAUUUAGGAUGUGUGAGGUUAUAUAUACUGCAAAUAGUAUAGGUUUAAUUAAUUUUGUCAUAAAGCAGUUGUAGAUGUUUACAGGUAUGUACAUAUUGAAUCCAGUAUUUGUCCUGUAAAUCUUGAAUCUAGGAAGAAUUUGUUACUGAGCAUAAAGUCUAUAUUGAGCUUUUAAUUAUAGUAUUGGUUGAAUGUUUUAUACAGUGAUUAAAAAAGGUUGACAUAUAGACCUCAGAAGUUACACCUCCUAGAAAAAAAUCUCAGUGCAAGUCUUCUUUUAUAGAUAGUAUAUUAAUAUUUGAGCAAAUAACUAGUACUGCACAUGGUAUGUAAUAGUAAAAGGCAAUCUGCCCUUGCUUAUGAAGACUAUUGGGAAAAAGAACUUGAAAGAUGCUUAAGAUAGUGUCAGAUCAGUUGUAGGUGUACUUUGAGUAUGGAAAUAGGAUAUGCAAAAUUACUACUGAAUCACACUUAAAACUUUAAGCUUGCUUUGUGCACAUGUAGAAAGUAUGUGAAAGUUGAAAACACUGUUUCUGUUAUGUCUACAACCAAAGAGUGACAUUACACCUCUAUUUUAGAGUACUCUAUGAUAUAUAAUAUAUAAAGUUCAAAUGCUUACAAUAAGUUGUUGUAUGAUUAGUUCACAAUAUGUUGACAGACACCUGUAUUAGUUUAGUAAUAUUUUUUUUUAUUAAUGCAUCCUAUAUAUGUUGCUGUGAUUAAUGCUGUGAUAUAAAAGUAGAUUUACUGUUUGAAUAAUCCAUUUUCAUUGAUUAUUGCACAUGAACACAAGACACCACAGAAAGGAUUUGUAUUGAUCUAAUUGUUAAUCAUUUAUAGUAAGUGGUAUUUAAAUUUUUAUGCAUUUUUUGUUUGCUUGUUUGAGUAAAGGUAAUUUUUUGUUUUGUGUUAAAUUAUGGUAGAUUUUCAAAUGUUCAGCUGUUUGAAAUUGAUGCUAUGAGAAACUGAAAAGACCCGUCAUCAAACAGCAGUUAACCCAGUAAUACCGGUAUAUUUUGAAGCCAAAAAUAAAAGUUUACAGGUGGGUACAAAAUUGGCGCUUGGGGCUGGCCUGAACUCUGCCUCUCUGCCGGCCGUGGCCCGCUGCUGAGUCGGAGUGUGAGCCUCAAUACAAUGUCACACCGGCGGGAUGCCCGGCAAUUUUUUUUUUUUUUUUUUCGGGUGUCUCAUAUGGGUGUCACCCAUCGUAAAUUGAUUAAACUAACAAUAAACAGCAGCAAAAAAAAAAAAUCCUGUUAAAUAAUAAGUAAAGUAACAGAUAGUCAUACAAAAGACAGGUACUGUUAACUUCCAAAAAUGGAAUUUGAAAUCCUGCUGUCAGUUAAAAAUGUAGCUGAUAUUAAUGCAAGGCCUUUGUGAAGAAGAAUAUGUGGGAACAAAAGUAAUGUAGCAUGGAGAAGUGUCCUGAGGCAGGAUUACAAAGCUAUCCAGAGGCCCUCUUAUGGCAAGGAAUGUUUGAGAAGCUUCAAAUACUUCCAUGUGGUGUGUGAAAGACUGCAGAAACUGGCCAGACCCUACACAGACUCAUUAAACAUUCCUAAUGGAGCAGAUGUAACAUAGAAGUGAGCUAGGGAGGCAUGUUGAGAUCUUUACUUUAUGACCAAUUGCAUGUCUGGAGAAUGAUGAUGUUCUCAAAUACAUUUAAGUUAAUGUGAAAAAAAUUGGUUGCUUGCUUUUAAAAUCCCCCACAAAUAAAAAAAAAAAUCAAUAAUUCAGAAAUUAAUACUAGCUGAAUAUAAGGACAGCCUUAGUUAAUUUAUUAUGUAUUACCAGUCCACCUUGUACAAUUUUUUGUAUUGCUUUAAGAUUAACUCCUCAUGGAUGGGCAUAUUUUAAGAAAACAUUUGCUUAAUAUUAUAUAUACACCUCUACUCACCCUAUUCCCCAGUCAAAUUCAUUUUCCAGUCUCUCCAAUUCUCCAAUCUCUACCAUUUCACCAAUACCUGUAGCUCCUUACUUUUUUGUCGCACCAGGCAACCUAAACGUUCCACUCCACCCUCUCCUUCUACAUCCUCUACAACACCCUCUUGUUAUGCUCCUCAGAUAUCUAACUCAUCUCCAUUUCACAAGAGAACUUUUGUUUCUCAGUCCUCUUCGCCCAAUUCCCCUCCAGAAACCUUUGAAGACAUCCCAAACUUCCUAAAGAUGACCCAAUGGAACACUCCACUCCCUCAUCCAACCCCCAAUCCCUCUGUUCCUACUCCUUAUACAUUUAUUAUUUGCAGAUAUCCAUCCUCCUCCUCCUCAACUUCCCUCCAGCCCCCUUCCUCCAUCCUCCCAACAUACCCCACCCUCUCUACCACUCACACCUAAAUACUCACACGCUUUUCCUGUCACAACAGCAUGCUUCUGCAGUUCCCUCUCCUCCAGACAUUCUUCCUGAUACUUCACCACCUUCCCAAGUCCCCCUUUUCUCAUCCCCUGGAUUAUUCUCCUACUUCUCCAACAGCCACCUCUUGUUUUCCUGUAACAAUAUCCCUAUUCCUUCC